GCAUCUCUUCCACACAGCAGUCUCCCACGCCACCCUUCUCCGGAUCCAGAGAAUUCCAAGAUUACACAUCCGUCGCCCAACAUGCCUCGUCGAAAGUUCAUCGACAAGAAGUCCGCAACCACCUUCCAGCUCGUCCACCGCGCGCAGAACGACCCGCGGAUCCACGAUGAAGAUGCCCCGGAUAUGGUGUUCAGGGAGGUGGCGGCGCCGAAUCAGCGCCAGGCCUCCGAGGCGGCGGGUAGUUCGCGAGCGUCGCAAUAUUCUGCGGCCUCGGGGCGGAGCAAGAUCAAGUCCAGGGGCGAUCUGGAGAGCGAGUUUGGAGAUCGCGUGAGGAAGAAUGAGGGAGAGGCUGCCAACUACGGGAUCUACUACGAUGACACGGAAUAUGACUACAUGCAGCAUAUGCGGGACUUGGGGACGGGUGGGGGAGAGGCAUACUUUGUCGAGGCGCCUAGUCAGAAGAAGGGGAAGGGGAAGGGCAAGAUGGACCUGGCAGACGCUCUGGCGCAGGCGAGUCUUGACGACAGGCAAAGCGAAGCUGGAAUCAGUGUUAGCAGCAGCGUGAGCAGGACCGCGAGUGACAUCUUUGGGGAGGAUAUGGCGCCGUCGGAGUUCGUCAGGAAGACUACGUAUCAGGAUCAACAGAAUAUUCCGGAUGCGAUUGCGGGCUUCCAACCGGAUAUGGAUCCUAGGCUAAGGGAGGUGUUGGAAGCUCUGGACGAUGACGCGUAUGUGGAUGAGGAUGAAGACAUCUUUGCCGAACUUGCAGGAGACGCGGUGGAGGUGGAUCCCGGAGAGUGGGAGGAGACGAUGGACCGGUUCUUCGAGGACGAUGAUGAAGGUUGGGAAUCGGACGACACGAUCAAAGCUCGCUCACCUGCGGGAGGUGUGUCAUUGGAGUCUAAACAAGAGAAUGGCCCGGUUGAACCAACGGAUCCCAACUCGUUACCUGAACCAGAUGCUGUUCCCGCACCAACAGAAGAAGGCGACGACGCCUGGAUGGACGAAUUCAACAAGUUCAAGAAAGACGUCAAGGCUGCCAAGGCUACACCCAAACCCAACGCUCCCUCCGCAUAUCAGCAAUCAAUACACACAACAGCAUCAGCAUUGCUCGCCGGUGGUAGAUCAAAAAAAAGGAAAGGGGCCCUCACCAAUCCCUCUAGCUACAGCAUGACAUCCUCUGCUCUCCACCGCACGGAAGCUCUCUCACUUCUGGAUGAGCGAUUCGACAAGAUUGAGGAAGAGUACGCUGCCGAAGACUUCCCGGAUGACACAUCCAUGAUGUCCGGCAUGAGCAGGAUGACGGGUCUGAGCAAGAUGUCGGGCAUGACUGGCAUGUCCAGCAUGAGUGAAGCACCUCAGCUACGCUCUGAUUUCGACAGCAUCAUGGAUGACUUCUUGGGGAGUCAUUCCAUGGCUGGGAAGCGGAGGGUGAAGAAGGGCCGCCAGCAGACGGGAUUGGAGCAGCUGGAUGAGAUUCGCAGUGGUUUAGGGCCCGCGCGUGUGAAGACGCAGAAGGUGUCUAUGCGUUAGAGGAGUUUGAUGAUGAACCUCUGGAAACGAUUUGAUGGAGGUCGCCUCCUUGCAUUAUACAUUGGUAAAACGGCGUAAAGGUUCGUUAGGGCGUUGGAGUGCACGCCUGACAAAGGGUCGAUGACAUGAUACCCAGGGGCAAAAGCUAGAUGAAUGAUAUUU